CGGCGUGGUUCAGCCCCGGGGCAUCCCAGGAUUUGUAUAAAAGCAGCAGCUCAAUGGAGCUUCCCCAUCCUUCUCCUGCUUUCCUCUUCUCCAUCAGGACCGCCUCCACCCCUGCCAGAAAAUGUCCUGCUACGACCUGUGCCCCACCACCGGCGGCAUCGCCUGCCCCCAGCCCGUGGCCAACAGCUGCAACGAGCCGUGUGUCCGGCAGUGUCCGGACUCCACCGCCCUCAUCCAGCCGCCCCCCGUGGUGGUCACCUUCCCCGGCCCCAUCCUCAGCUCCUUCCCGCAGCAAGCCGUGGUGGGAUCUGCUGGAGCACCGGCCUUUGGUGGCUCCCUGGGCUAUGGGGGUCUCUACGGCACCGGGGCUUCCCUGGGAUACGGCGCUCGCUCUGGAUAUGGGAUCUCAGCGCUGGGCAGCGGCUCCUGCAGCCCCUGCGGCCCCUCCUCAUCCCGCCGCUUCAGCCGCCUCUUCCGCGGCUCCUGUGGGCCUUGCUGAGGGCACGGGAGCCUCCAGGGAAUCCCAGGAAUGCCCAAAUCCACGGCCACGAGGGUGAGGGGUCGGAGUUCCCACAGCCCCUUCGCAUUCCCCAUCUUUCUCCUACUUCUUGUUCGGCAUCUCCUCGUUGUUUGCUCUCACUGCCUGUUCUGGCAUUCCCGGUUUAUUGGACCAGCGUGGGACAGCCCAUUCCCUAUGGAUAUCACCCACAAUGACCAAUAUCCUCUGCACCAGCUGCACAACAGCCAGGAGGAGCCAGCUGAGGACGUCUCGGAGCAGGACUUUGGUUGGACUUUGCCCGAAAUUGUCCGGGAAUGGAUUUUCCGCGUUCUGUGAUCUCUGGCUUUACAAAGGGUCAUUUCUCGCUCAUUAAAACUUUGUUGCAUCACA